CCGGCGUCAGCGUCACCGGCGUGUCCGUCGACGGGAUCAGCGUAACAGGAAUGUCGGUUGUCGGGAUCAAAGUAGCGGGCGAAUCCGUUGCGGACGGCGUCGUUGUGACGCUAGGAACCAGCGUCGGAAGGUCCGGCAAUAGCGUCGCCGGCGAUUCCGUCGCGGCCGGCGUGGUCGUGGUCGUGGCCGACGGCGUCGUCGUAGCGCUAGGAACCAGCGUCGGGAGAUCCGGCAAGAGCGUAGCAGGCGAGCUCGUCGUCGUUGGUGUCGUCGUGGCGCUAGGGACUAGCGUUGGAAGAUCAGGUAAGAGCGUCGCAGGCGAUUCCGUCGCGGUCGGUGUGGACGUGGCAGAUGGCGUGGUCGUAGCGGUAGGCACCAGGGUCGGGAGGUCCGGCAAGAGCGUCGCCGGUGACGGAGCUGUGGUCCCCGACGGUGCCGUCGUAGGAGCCGUGGUGAGCAAAUCAGUAACUGGAUCCAGCGGCGACGUCGCCGAUGGCGUCGUCGUCGUUGACGGAGCCGUCGUAGGCGCCGACGUCAGUAAGUCCGUGAUGGGGUCCAGCACCGACGGGGCGGUGGUCGUCGACGGAGCCGUAGUUUCUGUCGAAGGCGCUGUUGUAGGAGCUGGCCUCACGGAUUUGGGAGGAGAGGAAGGUUUGGCGAUCGACAUUGGUGCCGUGAAUGGACAUCUCGAGGUUGCGAAAUAUCUGCGUGCUCGUGCAGCCAGUCCAAGUGAUUCCUUGCAGCGAGCGCAAGUUGGUUUUAAACAAGUACGGCAACUACAGGAAAUCAGCAGGGAAUGUGGUGGCGUGCUGGACGCCGCUGCAAUACGUGGGAGAACAAUUGCACUAGCUGUGUCUAAUGGCCACCUCGAUGUUGUCACGUGGCUGGUAGCAGAAUACGGAGCUGAUUCUGACACUAAUCUGUUCGACUAUGAAGAAAGUUUAACCUCGAGUGAGAUCUUUGCAAUGGAUGGAGCUGCUAUGGAAAAAUGGACACUUGGAUGUGGUGAGGUAUUUACAUGA